AUGCCGUGCCGCCUCCCUUUGCCUCAGACACGAGUUAGGUUUCGAGCCGUGAGGUGGUUUGGCGGGGAGGCUCCCUCACCUCAGCGCCGCCUGCCUGAGGAGAAACCCGCCCCGUUUCGGGAGGCGGAGGACCGUGUGAAAAGAGGAGGAUGCCACGGCUGCCCCGAGCCUCUUGGAGCGGCUGCGAGUGACUCACCCGCUUCCCUCCUUACUCCGAGAGCGCCGCGGGAGGGACGAGGGGACGGGAAAGAAAGCAGCAGCAACACCAGCUGUUGUUGCCUCCGCCGCCGCCGAUGGCUGAGCCUUCUCCGACGCGGCGCCAGCCCGGACAAAGGACUCUGGCUCCCGCCUUCCCCGUUGCCCUCCUUCGCGUCCUCCACGGGCUCCCCGAGGUCGCUGGGCACGCACCCCAAGAAGGAGCCCAUCGAGACGCUCAACACGGCGCAGGGAGCCCGCGACUUCAUCUACAGCCUGCACUCCACCGAGCGGAGUUGCCUGCUGCGGGAGUUGCACCGCUUCGAGUCCAUCGCCAUCGCCCAAGAGAAGUUGGAGGUUGCACCACCAUCCACUGGACAGCUGAAGCAUGUGUUCUUCCACAAUGCAAUACCUUUUGUAGGAUUUGGAUUUUUUGAUAAUGCAAUUAUGAUUGCUGCGGGCACACAAAUAGAAUUGUCAAUAGGGAUUGUGCUUGGAAUUUCUACUAUGGCAGCUGCUGCCUUGGGCAAUCUUGUCUCAGACUUAGCUGGAUUGGGUCUUGCAGGUUACAUUGAAGCUAUGGCCUCCAGAUUGGGCCUCUCCAUUCCUGACCUAACACCCAAACAAGCUGACAUGUGGCAAACACGUCUUAGUGCACACCUGGGUAAGGCUAUCGGAGUGACCAUUGGCUGCCUUUUAGGAAUGUUUCCAUUGUUCUUCUUUGGAGAUGAAGAAGAGAAAAAACUGGAAGGAAAAAAAUAAACUUUUUACAAUGCUUAAAAAUAUAUAUAUAAACUAACGUACCUCAGUUAUACAACUAUGCUGUCGAUAUAUUUAGAAUUUAGCAGACAGUAACAAUGUAUAGAAUGGGGAACAAAACAGCAUGCCAUUUUAUGGAAACACUAACUUAUUGUGGCUUUGUCUUAGUACAUCUUUUUAUAAGGGUCUUUUUCCUUUUUAAAAUGUAAAUUGUUGAUGCGUGUGUUUCACUUACACUGGCAGUUGACUUUAAUACCCUCGCCCCAAAUUCUGUCCUUUUCUAGGAUUAUUAUUUUAUUACUUUAAUUGCCUGCCAUCAAUGUACUGUAUGGAUUUGGGGUUUGCAUAUUUAUCUAGCAUUUGAAAGUGCAUGACACAAGUUGCCCUUACCAUUCAUGAGACUCUCCAUUCCAGACUCCUUGUUUUGCUAAGUGACAGAUGGCUUUAGGAAAUACUGCCUUGGCUCUUUUGCUGCUUUUUUUGUCCAGAGCCACUAGUUCCACAGUGUAGGCCCAAGACAAGACCGGUUUGAACAAAGUAUUUAAUACUUAAUGAUAUUUAAAUGUUUGCCAAACAUUGGUUAUGGCAAUUAACAAUGAAUGCAAAAAGCCACUGUAAUAGGUUGAUCACAGUUUUAGGUGCUGCUUCAAUCUCAAAAUUCCAGCUCAGAAUAUAUCGUCAAUAUUGAAACAGCAGUGCAGAUCUGCAAAAUCCUAGCAGAUGGGAUCUCAACUAAUAGUUUGCAUGUACUACAGUUAAGAAAUGGGGCUUAGCCCCACAGUGGGAAUUUGGAAAAUUGUACAAAAUAUUCUUCCUCUAUGGCAGCUCAUGACAGUCUCAGUAUUUAUUUGCCUCUCUAGCACUGGGCAAUGUCACCACUUGUGUGGGUAUAUUCCCAUGAUAUUUUUAAAAAUCAAAUUUACCCUCAUUUGAUUAUAAGUGCUAUCAUCUUUGCCUGCCAUUACAAACAAGAGAAACAAAUAUAACUUUAAGCUAACCUUAUUCCUGAAUGCAAGGCAUUUGAGGAACCCUGAACAAAUUUUUGAAAUUGCUGGUGUGGGUUUAUAUAGUACUAUGUAUGCACUUGGUGAAUAUUUGCAAAGAGAUAGUAGUAUGUAGUACAUUGCAGUGUGACAGAGAGGGAGUAGGGCUUGAAUGGAAUGUUGGAAAGUUUAGAGGGAAAAUAAAAUAAAAUUAAGGUUUGAAAAAAAUGUAGCUGUUGUUUUAAAAAAAACAUGUUGCCUUCUGUGUGAAACAGAUUCCAGUGUGCCACUUCUGUAUGUCUCCUGCAUUAGGAAUUAAAAAGAAUUCUAAUUUUAAUAGCCUUGUCUCUUUAAAUACUACCUGGGAGGAGUGCUAGACUCAGUGUGUCUCAGAUAAUUUUGACUACAUGGAUGUGUGCAUUUUAUGUGCGGAAUGUAACUUACAGAAAUAAACUUGUUUACUUUUCAUUUA